GAGUUUAGCGCAGGCAGCUGGACGGGCAGGCCGGGGCUGUGAUUGCGGAAGCGGUGAGAGAGUGCGGGGCUGUUCCAGCUGCAGGAGAUCAGCGCUGAUAUUAAUAUCACCAUAUUCACCAUUUUACACAUUAAUAUACAUUAAUACUGAUUAAUACAGCUCCUCAACUCCCUCAUCAUGAUCCUGCUGGAGAUUAACAACCGCAUCGUCGAGGAGACGCUCAGCCUGAAGCUGGAAAGCGCAGCCGGCGGAAACAAGCCUGAAGCAGUUGAAGUUACGUUUGCUGAUUUCGAUGGUGUGCUGUACCACAUCUCCAAUCCCAAUGGUGACAAGACGAAGGUGAUGAUCAGCAUAUCCCUCAAGUUCUACAAGGAGCUGCAGGAGCACGGAGCUGAUGAGCUGCUGAAGAGGGUGUACGGAAACUUGCUAGUUCCAGCAGAAGAUGGCUAUAACGUCUCGCUGCUGUUCGAUCUGGACAAUCUGCCGGCUAAUAAAGAGGAAGCGGUGCACCAGGCCGGCAUGCUGAAGAGGAACUGCUUCGCCUCUGUAUUUGAGAAAUACUUCAAGUUUCAGGAGGAAGGCCGCGAGGGCGAGCAGCGGGCCGUCGUCCAUUACAGAGACGACGAGUCCAUGUACCUGGAGGCGAAGAAGGACCGUGUGACGGUGGUGUUCAGCACGGUCUUUAAGGACGAUGAUGAUGUUGUCAUUGGAAAAGUGUUCAUGCAGGAGUUUAAGGAGGGUAGGCGUGCCAGUCAUACGGCUCCUCAGGUUCUGUUCAGUCACAGAGAGCCUCCUCUGGAGCUGAAGGACACGGACGCUGCCGUCGGAGACAACAUCGGAUACAUCACCUUCGUUCUGUUUCCCCGUCAUACGAACGCCAACGCCAGAGACAACACCAUCAACCUCAUCCACACCUUCAGGGACUACCUGCACUACCACAUAAAGUGUUCGAAGGCUUACAUCCACACCCGCAUGAGAGCCAAAACCUCUGACUUCCUGAAGGUUCUGAACCGAGCUCGACCCGACGCCGAAAAGAAGGAGAUGAAGACGAUCUCGGGCAAGACCUUUUCUCGCUAGUGCAACUCAGUGACCAAACACUCCUACAGGACCAUGUUGAGACCAGCCAGCACAGCCCGAGUGCUCAGCGGAUUACAACACGCUCCCUAAUGUUGGGUUGUGCUCCAGCGUCUCCAUUCAAACGUCCACAAACCCACCAGUGGACACAACUAAUUCCUUCAUGUAUUUAGGAUUUAAAUCAGAAUCUGGGACUUAGAAAAUGAAUAAUUUUGAUACGCUUAAGCCU